CGACUAAUGAUUUCUUUUUCUAGGAGAUAAAAUAAGUCAAUGCGGACUGACGAUUCUCUGUGUCGACCAAGAGCUACGGUCUCUCGCCACCAGUCAUCUAGCAGGAUCAUAAUAAUACACUCUCGCUGCUUGCACAUUUUGCACUUUUGAAGCUCCAAGAUAUGACGCUACCCCCCUAACCCGCGGCUUAUGAACCUAGUCACGAUCCGGGGCCUUGGAACCCGUCUCCGCUUUCAUAUCGAGCAUCCGCCUGGGAGGCAUGUACGGAUACCGCGAGAUCAUCAAUUUAACAGUCAUACAGGGAAUCUCAUCCUGAUCACAGACUGGCUGGGUCUGUGAGGUAACACAUACUAGUUUGAUGUGGUCCUUGAGGAAACCAAUAGCCUCUGGCGUGACAAAGCUGAUCAAACCUCUAUCAUAACCCCAUUCUUGUCACAUACUCGCUACGGCGUAUCACACCUGUCAGAUUCUUGGGCCACAGAGCCAUGCUUUUUGGAUCCUCGGCAUCGUUGGUCCGGAGGAGAGGAACCCUUUUCGUCUGAAAUGGUCCAGUCAGAAACCGACCCUAUUGUACGACUGGCAUCAUCCCACUCGACCCCGUAUUACUUACUUUGUGGGGUUUUCUUUUCUCCAAGUGUGGAUUCGCUUUCUCCUAAAGCAUCUGUCUUGCAGAUGAACAAGAACCACACGGAGUCGCGGAACUACCGGAGAGAAAAUUGUCGUGCGCCUGGCGACUAGCAAUUUCUCUGUGCGUAUAUGCAGGCCUGGUGGGCGACCCUGAACUUGUCAAUCCCAGUCAAACCCUGGACAUGGGCGUGGCUGUCCUGAACCCUGCUUCCUCGCGGCAGCUGCAAGUUGCGUCCCGUCUCUCCAUUAUGGCGCAGGAUGUACUGCUAAGCCAGCAAGUGACCCGAUUGAAGGUGUUGCUUUGCCAUCUUUUGCAUGUCGUAUAGCUGUUGUUUUUAUCGAAAUGGCGGUGUUAACCACGGAUUAUCGGCACGGAGAACUUGGCCUUAAGAGGAAGAUUUCUGAAGCGAGAUUUCGUUGUAAAAGAAGGUUUUCUGGAACAUGCAAUCUUUAGAUGGAGAAAAACACGAUUUGGGCCUGGGGUGUUUCAAUCUAAAGUAGUUGAGAGAGAUACACUCUCAAGACCUGGUCUCCUCGUGGGGAACCGGUACAUGUAGGGGCGUUUUCUUUUUCCUCUCUGAGCUCCCUACCCCCCACUGAGUGUUCUUUUUUGACAUAUGGGAUGGCGCAAGUUGGGCCACAUACGCCAGGCUGAGAGUGGGAGGGCUUAUAAGUUCUCGCCAUCCGCGUUUCUGUGGCACUGGGAGUCCCGAUGUCUCUGGUGUUUUGCUUGAGCCAUAUUUCGCCAUCUCGACUUACAAUAUGGACGGCUCACUAGAACCACGCGUACCGCACGAUGAUAUCCAAUACAGAGGCAUGCAGCUCUUUGCUGUCCAGCUGUCCUUCAUGCUCGCGGCCGGCUUCUUCGUCCUGGCGAGAGCCUACGUUAAAGUAUGCAUCGUCAAAAGUUUAGCCAUCGAUGACUGGCUUAUCUUUGGGGCCAUGCUCGGUUACACAGCAUACGGUGGCAUCGCCCUCCACGGCAUCACCAAUGGUGCCACAGGAAAGCACAUCACAGAACUUACGGUCGACCAAGCCGCCGUCUCUCUCAGAGCCUGGUACAUCUGCGAAGUCUUUUACUCCCCAAUCACGCUGGCGAUCCGGACCUCGAUCUGUCUCCUGCUCCUCCGUCUCGCUCUCAACAAAGUUCACCGCUGGAUCAUCUACGCCAACCUCGUCGUCGUCUGGAUGAUCUCCAUCGCCUUCUUCUGCAUCAUGACCUUCCAGUGCAUGCCCCCAUCCUACUUUUGGAGGCAACUGUACGGAGACCCGGGGUCGUGUAUCAACUUCAACAUUGUCCCGGACGCGACCAUUGCACACAGCAUCAUCUCGGCGAUAUCAGACUGGUGCAUGGGUUUGCUGCCGAUUGCCCUCUUGUGGAACGUCAACUUGAACCGGCGUACAAAGGCACUUGUUGCUGUUCUCUUGAGUAUGGGCAUGGUUGCUGGUGUUGCUCUUAUCGUACGUAUACCAUAUGUAAGACGUCUCGCCAUCUCGGCAGACUUCCUCUACGAAACAAUCGACGUCGCCAUCUGGAGUGUCCUGGAGCCGGCGCUAGGCAUCAUCGCGGCUUCGGUCACCAGUCUCCGGCCUCUCUUCCAGAACUGGGGUUUCGGAUGGAGCAACAAGAGCAAGCAAUCUCGUCCGUCUGGAGCGGGCUGGGUCAAUACGAGCGGCCACCCAGGAACGAAAGAAACGUCCGGCGCCGUCGCCAGGGGGGGCAAAUCCGAAAACUCGAACUCCACCGUACGAACAUUCAACGACAUUGACCGGGCCUUGUCCGGCACCGGGUCCGAUAUCGAGCUGAACAAGACGGUCCGGGACGACGGGCGGGACGAGUACGAGGAGUACGACGCGUCGAGGCCGUCUUCUGAUCUCGGCCAGAGGAGCCACGUGCAGGAGACGCAGGCGCGCGACAGGCCGGUCAUCAAUGUCCGUACAACGAUUGAUAUCAUGUCGCACUCGAAUCACUCAAUCGAUCAAGUUCCACCGCCGGCGGAAUGCUCUGCUGGCGACAGGGAAGAAAAGGGGGCGGGAGGAGAGCCGGGAGAUCGCCGGGGCAAGGUGAUGUAGGCGAUGUGUUAUACCCAUUUCAUUACAAUCGUUGUUUUUCUUUUUGUCGUAGAUUCUGGCUAUAGAUCGGGGUAUAUGGAGUUUGGGCGUGCUCAUACCAUGCAGCAGGAAUGUGUUAUAUAAAGAGGCUAUACGCCUUCAAGCCGGG